AUGUCAUUCAGGGCUACUCGUACCCUAUUGGAGGAGGGAAAACAAUAUGCUUCUUCUCACAAAUACACAUACGUAGAAGGAAAGACGCCUUUCUGGCGCAAAUUCAGAGAAUAUAUGGUGGUCAAUCCAGAAAUCUCUUCCGGUUUACCCGAUCCAACAAAAAAUCGUUAUCCAACACCAGGAUCUAGAACUGAACGUGCAGCUAUUCCGCCAUCAAGAUCAUCAGAUGUCGCUGGUAAUCUAUACUACAAUCGUGAUUUCAGAAGGAAAUAUCCCAGAACAGAAAUGAUCACACAAUCUCAUUUGACACAAUUAUUGCUUGCAGCACCAAAUGAAGAUGGUACCAAAACACUUGCCGCACCUGGUGAAGAAUCCACCUCAACCUCUUUGACAAGACCGACUGAUCUAAUGGCACCUUCUGCAUUCACACAAGUUUUAGCACAAGUUCAUUCUCCUAGCAGCGGAGUAACCCAUUAUUCCGCUACAAACUUGCCGCCCAGACCACCAUUCGUUGGACCUCAACAUCUUCUCAAAAAGGCUCCAGGCGCAGUUCCACAUGAUCCUCAUGCAUAUUAUCCUGCAGAGAACUACAAUUAG